AUGUCAAUCUUACUCUGCUUCAUCUUCCUUUCACCUCUUUUCAUAAUCUUGCUGAAAAAUCUAAAACCUUCGAAAUGGAAGCUUCCUCCGGGACCAAAGACGCGUCCGAUCACCGGAAACUUACACAACCUCCAAGGAGCCCUUCAUAUAUGUCUUCAGAAACUUUCCCAAAAGUACGGACCAGUGAUGCUUCUCCGGUUCGGAUUCGUGCCCAGGGUGAUCAUCACAUCGAAAGAAGCAGCAGAGGAAGUUCUCAAGAUCCACGAUCUUCAAUGUUGUAGCCGACCAGAGACAGCCGGGAUCCGAAUGAUCUCUUACAACUGUAAAGACAUCGGAUUCGCGCCAUACGGUGAGGAAUGGAGGACGAUGCGAAAGAUCUCGGUGGUCGAGCUCUUCACCGCCAAAAAGAUUCAGACUUUCAGGCAUAUCAGAGAGGAAGAGAAUGACUUGUUGGUCAAGAAACUGACUGAAUCUGCUUCGAGACGACCUACCGUGAAUCUGAAGAAAGCCAUAUUCACAUCAGUCGCGAGUAUUGUGUGUAGGGUAGGGUUCGGGGUAAAUCUCCAUAAGUGCGAGUUCAUGGAUGAAGAUAGCAUAUCCGAUGUUAUGCAUAAGAUGGAGUUGAUUCAGAUGGCUCCUCCUAUGUUCUCCGAUUCCUUUCCCGGAAGAGUGGGAAGAUUCGUCGAUUGGAUCUCCGGUCAGAAGAAGAGACUUGGGAACUUGUUCUCAGAUGUCAACACUUUCAACCAGAAUAUUCUGGAUGAUCAUCUUAAGCCUGGAAGGAAAGUUGUAGGGAGCUCUGAUAUUAUUGACGUGAUGAUCGAUAUGAUGAAGAAGCAAGAGGAAGACGAAGAUGGAGACUCUUUCAAGCUCACCACAGAUCAUCUCAGAGCAAUGAUUGGGGGCAUAUUUACAGCAGGAGUUAGCACAAGUGGCUCCACAAUGAUAUGGGCAAUGACAGAGCUGAUCAGAAACCCUAGAGUGAUGAAGAAAGUGCAAGACGAGAUCCGGACAACACUUGGGGACAAGAAAGAGAGAAUAACAGAAGAAGAUGCAACCAAACUCCAUUACUUCAAGCUGAUGGUUAAGGAGACAUUAAGGUUACAUCCACCAGCUCAAUUUUUACUCCCAAGAGAGACGUUGUCUCACGUCAAGAUCCAAGGCUACGAUAUUCCCGCAAAAACACACAUGAUGAUCAACGCUUACGCGAUUGCACGCGAUCCAAAACACUGGGAAAACCCCGAUGAGUUUAACCCAGACAGGUUUCUAGACAGUUCCAUAGAUUACAAAGGACUAGACUUUGAGCUUAUACCGUUUGGAUCUGGUAGGAGAAUCUGUCCAGGGAUGGCGACGGCGAUCGCCCUUAUGGAACUGGGACUGCUGAAUUUACUUUACUUCUUCGACUGGGGAUUGCCGGAGAAGGAAGAAGGUGAUGAAGAGAUCAUCACCGGAAAUGGAGUUGCUCUUGACCUAGUUCAAGUUCUUCGCCACUGA